AUGCCCGAACGUUCGACCGGGCCAAUGAUGUUUAUUGGCGAGAGAUGUGCAUUCGAAGAAUGUCAUCGAGACGACUUCUUGCCAUUCAAGUGCAGCGACUGCCGCCAACACUAUUGCUCGAGUCACUUUCGACCACAAGCUCAUCGAUGCUCGCACUAUGAUGCUCACAAUGCCGACUAUCGCGUGCCGCUAUGUCCCAUCUGUGACAACCCACCCGAGGGAUGGAAGCGCGAUCAGGAUCCCAACGUUGCCAUGGAUCGCCACCUCUCAGGUCAAUGUCCCAAGCUCGAUCGCCAUGGCUACCUCAAGCCCAAUGCUACAUUACCAAAGGCAACACAGAUCAAAAGGAUAAAAAAGACAAACGAGUGCUCGUUCGUCAAGUGUUCCAAGAUCAUGGUGGUACCCAUCACGUGUCCUCAAUGCUCGGCAUCCUUCUGCCCAUCUCAUCGUGCCCCGAAUCAGCACAGCUGCAAGCAUGCCCCUCCUUCACUUAGCUCUCCAGCAUCACCCUCUUCGCAUCUAACUCCAAAUGUCUCGGCAGCAAAUGGUAUCAAGAAUGCUUUCCAGAACCUCAAGAUCAGCAAUCCCGCAGCAGCAUCCAACAAGCCAGCUUCAACAUCGAAGCACGCACCUUCAAGUAAUACAACUCGUCCAACAGACGCCUCAAACUUGAGCACAACAUCAGCGCCUUUCGGCAAAAUGUUUGACAAGUCUGAAAAACGCGCAAAGGCGGAAAGACUAUCAGCCGUCCGCGCCAUGCAGGCACGCCAACGCAAGGGCAUUCUUUCUAAAGCGGACGAAAUCAAGUUGGCGGAAGAGAUGGCAAUGCUCUCCAAGACGGAUCGAAUGAAAGCUUCAGAUUCGGACUGCAUCGUGAUGUAA